AAGCGUAACUGACCCCUAUCAAUCCGAGAGUAGUAUAAGCGAAGUAGCAGCGACCUGCAGCCUCGGCAGAGGGAAGAGCGCAGAGCACAGAGCGAUGGGCACCAUCGAGGCCGAGCUACCCGUUGCCGAUCCAGACCAAGCCCGGUUGCACCAGCUGGGAUACAAGCAGGAGCUCAAGCGCGGCCUCUCGGUUCUUUCCAACUUCGCCUUCUCGUUCUCCAUCAUCUCCGUGCUGACGGGCGUGACGAUGACGUACAACACGGGGCUCCGGUACGGCGGGCCGGUGUCCAUGACGCUGGGGUGGCUCGUGGUGGCGGCCUUCAACGGCUGCGUCGCCCUGUCCAUGGCGGAGAUCUGCUCGGCGUACCCGACCUCCGGCGGGCUGUACUACUGGAGCGCCAUGCUCGCCGGCAAAGAGUGGGCUUCCCUUGCUUCCUGGGUCACCGGAUGGUUCAACAUCGUGGGACAGUGGGCUGGUACCACGAGCAUAGACUUCGCGUUGGCGCAGCUUGUCCAAGUGAUCAUCCUGCUCGGCACCGGGGGACUCAACGGCGGCGGCUACAUGGCCUCCAAGUACGUCGUGCUGGCCAUCUACGCUGCCAUCCUGAUCACACACGGGCUAAUCAACUGCCUCCCUAUCCAGUGGUUGGCAUGGUUUGGCCAAUUCGGAGCAUUCUGGAAUGUCGCAGGUGUACUUGCUCUGGUGAUCUUGAUUCCAGCGGUUGCUAUGGAGAGGGCGAGCGUGGGGUUUAUCUUCACCCAUUUCAACACAGACAAUGGCAUGGGGAUCCACAACAAGGUCUAUAUUUUAGCUGUGGGGUUGCUAAUGAGUCAGUAUUCUGUCCUCGGCUACGACGCAUCUGCUCACAUGACGGAGGAGACGAAGAACGCAGACUGGAGUGGGCCAAUGGGGAUCGUCACUUCCGUUGCUCUUUCAAGCAUUUUCGGAUGGAUUUAUCUUGUGGCUUUGACAUCCGUAGUGACGGACAUUCCGUACCUCCUAGAUCCCGGCAACGAUGCCGGUGGGCACGCCAUUGCUCAAGCCAUGUAUAUCACCUUCCUUAGGAGGUACGGCAGCGGCGUUGGAGGAAUCGUCUGCUUGGGAAUCGUCGCAGCCGCCACCUUCCUUUGCGGUACCGCGUGCGUUACUAGCAACUCAAGGAUGGGGUAUGCCUUCUCCAGGGACGGGGCGAUGCCGUUCUCGCAUGUCUGGCACCGGGUGAACAAGCAGGAGGUGCCCUUCAACGUCGUUUGGCUCUCCGUGUCAGUGGCGUUCGUCAUGGCCCUCACGUCGCUGGGGAGCCAGGUGGCGUUCCAGGCAAUGCUGUCCAUAGCGACUAUUGGGAUAUACAUCUCCUACGGGCUGCCGAUCUUCUUCCGUGUGACCACGGCCCGGAAAUCGUUCGUUCCGGGGCCGUUUCACCUAGGAAAAUAUGGCGCCGCCAUUGGCUGGGUCGGCGUUGCCUGGGUGGCCCUCGUCACCGUGCUCUUCUCCUUGCCCGUGGCGUACCCCAUCGAGGAGGGCAAUUUCAACUACACGCCGGUCGCCGUCGGGGGCGUGCUGUUGCUGAGCGUCGGGGCGUGGGUGCUCCACGCUCGGUUCUGGUUUGAAGGGCCCGUCACGAACGUUGACAGCGAAGUGCUCUCGAGGCUCGGAUGAGCUCUGUCUCAUGCUUUGCAGUUGUAAUCUUGUCAUCAUGCGCGGUGGCAAUGUACGAGUGUGUGCGCUAUGGCCGGUUUUUCUUUUGUCCUUGAUGUAAUUUUUAUGCCUUUUUUUGUUGCAAUUUCUUCCAAAGUUGCUUAUCAAAA